AUGAGUGUUUCGACCAGGUUAUCGAUUUAUUGGCCAGAAUCACAGGUGGAAAAAAGACCGGAAGAGACCGAUACUAUAGUACUCACAACUCCCAGUGGAAAAUAUAUCGAUAUACGAAGUUAUAAAUCACAAGUUCUUUUAAGCGAUAAGUCUUUGACGAAAUUUCCGUUUGAAUGGGCCUUUGCAGGGAAUGAAUUACCUGUGAAGAAUCAUCCCUCUCAAGUGGAGUUUUCUCAUGAUUUCUUUGACUCUUCGUUUAUACUCAAGUAUUGUAGAACGAAAAGAGACGGACAUGGAUCACUUCCAUGCAGAUCUGAUAUUCCAAUUGAUUGUGGUACGUUUAAAACUCUGGACAACGGCGUCAGAGAGGAAACAGGGAAGAUGAAAAAUGAGAGUACAGGAAAUUUUGAAUCGUACAUAGAGCACUGGAUUACUUUAGAUCCUUUAAAGAGUACCCCCACAAAUAUGUUACCACUACAAGUAGUUCAGGAUGGAUCACUUAAUUAUGCAUUAUUUGACAUAUUGGAAAAUAAACAAAACUUUGAAGGUAGGUUCAUACGUCUUGGAGUGUGGGCACAAGGUUUGCUCUGGGAUAAGAAAAAUUUGGAGUUUCCCAUUAGUAUUGUGAGGCUUCAUUUGAACAAUAAAAAUUGGGAUAUCAUUAUAAGUUUUGGUAGAAGGGUUCCGUUUUUUAAAUCAUUGGCAUCUACAGAAGUGCACAAUGGUGAAAUUGUCAAAAAUUUCGAUGUUAUAUGGACAUGCUUAGAAGCGGGGAUUAUUUAG